AUGGUCAGGGUUAUUCCUCCAGCGGUGGAAGGUGCUGGGCUUCUGAUCAGCGUCAUGGAGGUGAUUGACACGGGUGCACUGGGGGAGGGGUGCACUGCGGGGGGAGGGGGUGCACUGGGGAGGGGUGCACUGGGGGAGGGGUGCACUUUGGUGCUGCUGACGGGCGGGGGGGCGAGGGGGGGGCGGGUUAUAUAUAUAGCGGUGCGGCAUUGCAGGGGUUUCACUGCAGCAAAACCCGCGCUCCUGAGCGGUCCGCGCGGCAACAUGAGCGCCUACGAGCCCUUCGCGCCUCUGCGCAAACCGUGGGAUGAGCACCGCAGCCGCCCGACCAAGACCGGCGUCUGCUCGGGUCUGUACUCGGUGCACCGCUCCCCGGGCCCCGGUCCCGGCCCCGGCCCCGGCCCCAAGCGGGCGGCCCGGAGCAGCGCCGCCGCCGCGCUGCUCGCGGACUACACCGAGCGGGUGGACCUGUCGCAGGUGAGUAAUGUGAACGCGGAGCUGCUGACGCUGAGAGCCCAGGAGCGAGAGCAGCUGGUGGACCUGAACGACCGCUUCGCCACCUACAUCGAGAAGGUUCACUACCUGGAGCAGCAGAACAAGGUGCUGCUGGUGGAGCUGGAAGCCCUGAGACAGAAGCAAUCUGACCCCCCAAGGCUCCAUCUCAUCUACGAGCAGGAGAUCCGCGACCUGCGGGCUCUGCUGGAUGCCGAGAGCAACGAGAAGGCGCGGAUGGAGGGGGAGCGCGAGCGGCUGCGCCAGAUCUACUCCCAGCUGAAGGACAAGUACGAGGAAGAGGUGCGUCUGCGGCUGGAGGCUGAGGAUAACCUGCACAAGAUGAGGGAGGAGGCGGGCAAAGUGGUCCUGGCCAACAGUGAGGUGGAGGGGACCGUCAGCUCCCUGGUGGAGGAGAUCGCUUUCAUCAAGAAGGUCCAUGGCCAGGAGAACGCCGAGCUGCUGUCCCAGAUCCAGGCUGCCCACCUGACUGUGGAGGUGGAGGUGACCAAACCAGACCUGGCCGUGGCCCUGAAGGAGAUCCGUUCGCAGUACGAGACGCUAGCCAAUAAGAACAUGCAGGCGGCCGAGGAUUGGUACCGAACCAAGGUGGCCACCGUGGCUGAGAUGGCCAACAAGAACAACCAGGCCGUCAGAUCCAUCAAGGAAGAGACGGCUGAGUACCGGCGUCUCCUGCAGUCCCGAGGCUCCGAGAUCGAGGGUCUCAAGAAUGUCAUUGACUCCUUACACAAACAGCUGGAGAGCCUGGAGGACAGGCAGGGCAAGGAGGUGUCCAAAUACCAGGAGAGGAUCAGCGAGCUGGAUAAGGAUAUCAAUGAUGCAAAACAGGAGAUGACGCGUUACCUGCGGGAAUACCAGGACCUUCUCAACGUCAAAAUGGCGCUGGACAUCGAGAUCGCAGCUUACAGGAAACUUCUGGAAGGUGAAGAAUUCCGCCUGAGCUUCUCGUCCCUCCCGUCGUACAGUUAAACCACUCGCCGAGGGUGAGCCACCAUCACAUCAGCUGUCAUCACACCCAGCCAGCGCCUAGCACAACCCCCCUCUCCCCGCCAGCCCCCCCC